CACGCCUUCCCGCCAAUGGGCGAGGAGGAUGUCGCCGCCUAUUGGCCAAGAGCGCUGAUGGACAGCCCAGGGAGCCUGUGUGCGCAGAGGGCGCGGCCCCGCCUCCCGGAAGCGGGUGCGCUGAGCGCUGUGGGGAGCCGGGCGGCGCCAUGGCGGGCCGUGCUGCUCCGCCGGGUGCGCUGCUCCGCGCCAUCAACGCGCUCCUCCUGCAGCGCCGCUACCGCGCCGCGCUCGCCGUCCUCAAGGGCUUCCGCAACGGGGCCGUGUAUGGAGCAAAAAUUCGUGCUCCGCAUGCCCUGGUGAUGACUUUCCUGUUCAGGAGUGGAAGUUUAAGAGAGAAAUUGAAAUCGAUUGCUCAGGCCACGUACACUCAUUCCCGGAACUUGGCGUAUUUUGUGUUCACCUACAAGGGGCUGAUGGCGUUGCAGUCCCGACUACAGGGGAAAAAAAUUCCAUUUCAUUCUUUCUUUGCAGCCUGCAUUGGGGGUUGGCUAGUGUUCGGUGAGAACAAUCCCAUCAACAGCCAGAUCAUUAUGUACCUGCUGUCUCGAAUCCUGUUUGGCUUGUCUCGGCUGGCAGUGGAGAAGGGCUACGUCCCCCAGCCCAAGCAGGAUCCCUUUCCACUUGUCGCUGCCCUGGUGUGGGGAACGGUUCUCUGGCUCUUUGAAUACCACCGGCAGACUCUGCAGCCUUCUCUGCAGGCCUCCAUGACCUACCUGUAUGACGACAGCAAUGUAUGGCACGACAUUUCUGACUUCCUCAUAUACAACAAAAAGCCUGAGAGCAAAUAGUCGGCUCGUUGUAAAACACCUAUGGAGCGGAUGGUGCCUUCCAGCAGCCAAGGGAAAAGCUGGUUCUCUUGCUCUUGACUGAUGAAUGUUUUUAAAUUAACACCCAUCAAGGAGAGCUGCCUCUUGUGUUUUCACCAAAAUAUUCUGAUUAGUCUUCUGUUAGCUCCGUUUAGAGCUAGUGAAUACCCCACAGAAAUUUACUACAAUGCCUCAGGGAGAGUAAAUGCCUUGGGAACCUUCAGUUAAAAUCAGUCUUCUUUUAAAGAGACCUUAUUUUUCCUGUGAAUGUUCUUAGGUUUUGUUUGUUUAUUUCAUUUCUUUAAAAAAAAAAAAAAGGAAAAGAAAGGAAAGCACUUAUGACAACUUGACAGUAAGUGGGGAAUAGAUCUAAUUGUGGAAGCAACGUUCUGGGGAUUAUCUGAGUGCUUGCAAGGUGGAAGGGUUUUUCUGUGCUGCUGCACUCACUGUAGUGGUGAGAUGGGAGCUGGGGACCUGCUCGGUUCUGAAAGCAGGGAGAUUUUUUCUUGAUUUCUAUGGAAGGCAGGAAACCUGAUCUAAACCAUUACAGGGAUAGUCACGUACUCCCUAAGAGAAAUCCUCUGCAGUUUUGUCUCAGGGAGACAAAGAUGUUUGAGAAUAAAACGAUGAAGUCUCUCUGAUGCAAGCCCAGUAAAUCAGGCUUGGAAGGAAUAUUUUUGCUCAGUUCCUCUCGUGCACUAGGGAUAAAUCUGUCCCUCUACAGAGUGCAUUAAUUAAUACCCUGCAAUUAUUUAAAGCUUUUUGAUGAAGCUUUUAAAAAGCUGAUUGAACUUAAUUCCAAAACCUCUUGUGCAACUUCAGUCAGCUUUGAAAACAGGCUGGGCCACAUGGCGUGCCCUCGGAUGUUACACUGGGUACUUUAAUGUAGCAGCGAGCGACACUUUUUAACAAGAACUUUCAAUUGGGUGGAAGGUGGCCUGGGUUACCCGUAGGUUCAGAAUUCCCCCACCACAGCAGUGGGGUGCAUUAGGUGUAAGCAAACUUGAACGUUCCUGUUGUUAGUGCAGUCUUGUUGCUGGGCCUUGGAGCAUGGAAAUACCAAUGGGUGUCCCUUUGAAAACUGCUCUGCUGAGUCCCAGGAACAGCACACGCUGGGUGUGUUCACAGGGUGCUGACUGGGCAGCGGAGAAGUACUCCAAAAACAACAGCUGUUUCAAAAUGAGUACAAUCAAACUGUUAAUACUAUUAAUUACUGAUACUGCUGUAUGACACUAUACCAUUCACGUAAUGAGAUGCAUUAAAACAAUUCCUGACUUA